AUGAGUCGUCAGCACAACAACACACACACAACACAACACAGCGACGCGUACACCGACUUUGACGGACGCGCUGUAUUGGUUGCGCGCGUUGUCGCCUGUGCUAUGGACGAAGCGAACAGCGAGUCGUCGUUUGAGUUGACUUCAGAUCAAACCGAAACAGUCCUUCAGUUUCAGGAGUUGACUGGCAUUGAAGACUUGGACAGAUGUAAGGAUAUUCUUCAGCAGCAGAACUGGGAUCUGGAGAUUGCGGUUCGGCUGACGUUAGACAGCGUCGACUCCAACGCCAACUCUGCGGCCAAUAAUGAGCCGUCGGUAAGACAUCGACACCUCGUGGCCAACACUUCCCGAGACAACGGGACAGACAAUUCUCACGCAAACAAUAAUACCGUUAAUAAUAAUAAUAACGUGGAGUACAGGAGGGCUGAGACGCGACUCACGGUCUGGUCGUUCAUAGCGCGGGUCAUCUCAUCUCCAUUUGCCUUCAUUUACGACACAUUCGUAUCAUUACUUCAGUUCGCGUUAUCUCUCAUCAGAGCUGAUCCCACAAGACAGAACCACUCAAACGACGACAUCUAA